AUGGCUAAUAUUAGAGCAUCAAAAAAGAUGAAUGAGAAAAAAAAAGUCCCACAAAGAGGACUUGGUGUUGCUCAACUUGAGAGGAUUAGAUUAGAGGAACAACAUAAGAAAGAUUCAAUUUUUCAAAAAUUUCAAUGCCCAAAAUUUAUACCAACAUCAUCAAGAAUUGAUUUUUCUUCAAAAGAUUGUGUCUUUAGACCAAAUCAAUCUGCCCCUUUUCUUGAAAAUUGCUCUAAAUUGUGGAGUGGUGAGUAUAGUCAAGAUGUGAAUCAAAAAGUUCAUCAUCAUGGUGUAGUUUUUGGGCAUAAUUUGAAUCUUCCUAGUGUGUUGCAACAAAGAGGUCAACAGUAUCAGAAAACUUCUAGUUCUACAUCAAUUGUGAAUAUCUCAUCAGAGAUUUCGUCAUCAUCAUCAUCUGUACAGAAUUUACAGAUGGAGCCCCCUUCAAACCAAAGUCAUUCUGGUUGUAAAUGUUUACCUCUUUGUCCUGAAGAAGUGAAGACGGCUGGUGUGAAGAGGCCCUAUCCGUUCUCUCAAGAAUGCCUGCCUGUCCCUUCAUUUCGAUGCAAGUUACCUGAGUGUUGUGUUGGCCCUGUAUCGAGAUCACACGAAGCUGCUUCCAGCAGCGAUGAGUGCUCAGUCAAUGUAGAAGAGGGAAAUGUUCUUAAAAGAGAAGUUGUCUCAAAGUCGAGAGCUUUGUCUGAGUCUGAACCAUCGGUUUCUGUAAGAGAAACUAAAGGUCUCAAUGGAGAUUUUCUUAGAUUAGCUCCUCCAGCAGCAGCUUUGCCACAUUUAGAAGCAGUAAAUCGGCGUUCUUUAACUGAUUCAGCCCCACAAUGCCUUCAGCUAUUAGACUAUGUACCCUCUCGGGUAGAUGCCGCAGAGCAUAAGCCUCCUUCAGGCCUAAGCAUAUCAGUUCAACAACCGAUCCUCAGGUUCUCCCCAUCUGCAAAGGUGCAGAUGAAUCGAGAAGGAACUCGUGGAAGUGACUUUCAAACUGAAGUAGGAGGAAAUGUUGAUUUGGAACUGAAGCUAUAG